AUGAGUGUGAGCGGCAUCAUCCAACAUCCAGAGGUUCUCAAGCUGGGGGAAUCUCUCCCUCCUGGAAAUCCCCAUGGAGUAAGCGUCCACCUCCCAACAUGGGAAGACACCCUCGGCUGGGCCUCUCGUGACCGUCGCGUUCUGGACACCAUGGUCACAGGCUACCCGCGCUUCUUCAUUCCGCGAGUAGUCGAACGCCUAGCCGAGCGUAUUCUCGAACACUUCGCCCAGGCCCUGUCCGAAUCCCACGGCCACGAAGACAUCGACACCGACGUCGACCUGAAGGGCAAACAUGCAUUGAUUCUCUCGACUGGCCAUCACGCGCUUAUGUGUCGACGCUUAUUCUGCCAGAAGCUCUUCCCAAAUUCCCCAAAAGCGAACUUCGACAUCCUCAUCGCCCAUUGGGAUGGCAGCAUUACCGCCGUACGCGAAAAUGACAACUUACCCACCCGGAAGAAGGAAAUGGCCCUGGGCCAAGAAGACAUCUUCCUCCUCCCCUACCCCGUCGAAAUGUUCCCGACUGCCAAAGCCUUCUGGCAACAUACCGGGUUCGGGAUUUCGAGUCGAAGGGCGAGUUACUGGAUGGAGAGCUCUCCGUUUCUCCAACUCUCGCCAAACGGACACAGACAGACCAACUAUGGCAACCGCCCAUCUCCAACCCCUUUCGACGAAGACAGCAACACCCAGGCGUUGGGCGCAAUACGCACCCGCCUUGCUGACUGCUACUCGACCCCUUCCCUCCCUGUUGCGAACGAUGAUGUACUGCUGUAUCCAACAGGCAUGUCCUGCAUCGCCGCUAUUAGCUCAGCUAUUAAAUCCCUUGAUUUGCCGAGAUUGAACGGGAGGAGACAACCAUCCGUGGCAUUGUUUGGCUUCCUCUACGUCGACACCCUCAAAUUGCUCUCCACUCUCCUCGGCUUUGACUUCAAACUCUUCCCCUUCUCGACACCUCUCUCACCAUCACCAACCACCCGGUCAAAUCCCGCGCAGUCUUCUCUUUCAGAGCUACUGGAAUCAGGCGAGCUGCAGAUUGACCUCCUAAUAACCGAGUUCCCUGGCAAUCCGUUACUUCAAAGUCCCGACCUAAAGAAGCUCUGGGAGCUGAGCCGAAGAUAUGGGUUCGCGCUGGUCGUGGAUGACACCGUUGGUGGAACAGGGGCGAAUGUGAAUGUCCUGGGCAGAUGCGAUGCCGUGGUGAGCAGUUUGACGAAGAUGGAGUUGAAGGGAUCGUUGGAAGGGAAACUGGACGGGGGGUUGGCCAAGCUGGAAGGGGAUGUCAGCAAGGAAGAAGUCCAGAACGAAAGGAAAGAAGAGACAGAUAGAAGCUGGUUCCCCUCCGACAUCGACACCAUGAACAACAACAGCCGCGACUUUAUCCACCGCGUCCGUCACGCUAGUUCCAACGCCAACUGGCUAGUCCAGCAUCUCCUCCGACCGCAUACAAGCGUGCAAGAAGUUUACUACCCCAGGGGCUCAUCAACGGAAGCCAUUUAUGAACAGUUCCGGGUAAAACCUACCUCUACCUCUACCGACCACAGCCUAGGCCAAGCAGAAGAAGGAGGCUACGGAUUCCUGGUCUCCAUCAAAUUCAUGACGCCAGCCAAGGCGAGAGCGUUCUAUGAUGCGCUGGAUGUGGCCAAGGGACCGAGUUUGGGAACGAACUUUACGCUUUGCUGUGCGUAUACCCUGUUGGCGCAUUAUCGGGAACUGGAAUGGGCGGCGGAGUUUGGGUGGUGGAAGAUCUGGUGA